ACAUUGUCAAACUGUCAAUACUGUAACUGUAAAAUUUAUAAAUAACAAAUGUACUUGUCUUGCUAAAUGGCUGAGAGUAAUUCAUCAUCGGAGCAUAAUUUUAGUAAUCAUUUAUUUCGUGAAAUAUAUAAAAAUGCUUGGUUAAACAAAGUAAAUUCUACAACUUCUGAAAAAUCUGGACCAAAUCAAACUGUAUUUUGGAUAUCACAAAAGCCAGAAAAAUUCUGGUUUGUAUUUUGUAUACAUGAUGAUAACGAAGCCUAUUUGGAAGCAUAUUCGGAUUCAAAAACCUCAGUCAUGCAUCGACCUAUGUGGAUUUCAUGUUUAAAUGAUACAUUACAUGUAUCCUCGACCAUAUGCUCGGAAUUUAAGGAAUAUGAAUUUGUUAUUACGCUUAGUUCAGGAGUUGUACGUUUACUGGCACCUACAAGAGAAGCAAUGAUAGAUUGGGUGGAUACGUUAAGAUCAAAAUUAACUGAAAUGAAAAUAUUGUCACCAUGUAAAAAUAUGUAUUCAGUAUUACCACAAGCUAAGUCAAUUUUAUUGCCAACAAGAGAUCCAACAUCACCAUUGCCUCCUCCACCGCCCUUGGUAACACCCUCAAUACCACCUGGAACUGAAUGUGUUGUUGUACCGACAACACUAACACCAAUUACUAAUUUCACUGAUACAACUACUACAAAUGAUUCUGAAACAAGUAAUCCAGCCGAGCCCCCGUCUUCAAUUAACUGUGAUAUCAGAAUGAACACUCCGUCCCAAACAAACUGUGAAAGUGAAAUCACACGCAGAAACUUAACAUCCGUAUCAAAUCUAGAUGAAUCAUACAUAACAGUGAUUCAACUAACAAAUGCCAACGAUACACAGACGCCUCCACCAACAGCUACACGAUCUGCACCACAAAGUGCACAUCUAUUAUCUUCUUCUCAAACGACACAAAUAUUUAAUUUUGAUAUACCGACAACUAGUUUAAAUACUGAUACAACCUUGACGUCAACAUCAACAGCUAUUCAAUUGACAAAUAACACUGUAGAUACUGCAGAUACAAAUGAGUCCUACAUUGAAUACAAUGGUAGUUUGGAUGAGUGUUCACAUUAUGAUUGUGUGUUUGUACCAGAUAUUAGUGAGUCUAGACUACAACAAGAUAGUAAUGGAGGAAGGCAUUUAAAUGGAGAUGGACCGUUUAGCCAACAAUCAGUACAUUCUUUAAAUAUCUGUGGUAACAACGCAACUGUAUCAACAAAUAACCGUUCAUUUGAAACAAGACCGUUUGGUCGACGGAAAGACUCAUCAAUAUUAGACAUUGGCUCACGGCAUGCCGAUACAACAUUGGAACCUGAACCACACUCUCAACAACCACAGUCCCAACAACAACGGGAUCGGGCCACAUCAAAUACACAAGCAGCUAUUAAUAGUAUAAGUAGAGAAAUGACGCAAUUAACUUUACGUGAACAACAAGUUUUACGAUUACAAAAGGAAAUUAAACAUCCGUCUGGUGUACGGAUACAAUUGAGUCGCAAAGAUUGUAACAAUGCUAUUGCAUUGAUUGAUGUCUUUGGUGGCGUAUGGGUUGCUGGUUGGCGACAAAAGGACAAUCCAAUGUUAUAUAAUCUAUUACAUAUCGGGGAUCAAAUUAUUAAUAUUGAAGGAGUUUAUGUGCAGACAGCUGUUGAAGCUCAUAAACAUUUACGAAGAGCUUCAUCAUUCAAUCAAUAUGUGACUGUAAUUAUAAAAAGAGUACCAUUUGGUAAAAUAUUUGUGAUACAACGUGACAUGGAUGGACAACCAUUAGGAAUUGUUCAAGAACAGAACACCGCUGUGAUAAAACAAGUUUUAGCAAAUAGUUUAGCAGCGCGUCAUGGACUCUCACAACGCGCCACCACAUGUGAUCAACUAUCAUUUACAAAUUGGGUUCUGACUGAAAUAAAUGGUAGACCAUUGAAUCUCUUUUAUAAAAAUAAUGAAGUACGUGAUCGACUUAAUGCUAUUGGAAAAGAAAUUUCCAUACUUGUGCAACCAUUGGAUCUGAUUAAACAAAUUAAAAAACAAUUAAAAUCUGUUCGAAAUUAUAAAGAAUAUAUUGUGCAAUAA